UUUCCUAUAUAAACAUUAAUCAUACGACUACAACCAGAGGAAUUAAUCGUUCAAAUAUAACUAACUACUCCUCUAAACAUGGAGAUAAGUCGCAGCAAUGUUAGUGGUGGUGGCGGCAGCGGCGGCGCUCUGGACGACAGUUUUAGCAGUUUUAGGACGGAACUGCUGUCUCCGGCUGCUCAGGCGGUGGUGGAUCAGUCGUCUUCGUCGGCGUCAUGGAGACUUAACAUUAGCGAAUUCCGUCUUCCCGAACGAAGCCGCUCCUCCUCCGAUCAUCACUCCUUUAGUGUCCGUCGUCUACUUCCCACUCCCAGGAAACAAGGUAAAAUUGCUGAAUACUACAAAAAACAAGAAAGGCUGCUUGAAGGGUUCAAUGAGAUGGACACCAUUAAUGAAUCUGGUUGUUUACCUGGAAGUCUAACUGAGGAUGAAAUGAAGCAGCUUGCAAGAAGUGAAAGGAUGGCUAUUCAUUUAUCAAACAUGGCUAAUGUGGUUCUUUUCAUUGCAAAAAUCUACGCUUCUAUUGAGAGCAGAUCUUUGGCUGUAAUCGCGUCAACGUUGGACUCCCUCUUAGACCUCUUAUCAGGGUUUAUACUGUGGUUCACUUCUCAUGCCAUGAAAAAUCCAAACCAGUAUCACUAUCCUAUUGGAAAAAAGAGGAUGCAGCCAUUGGGUAUUAUUGUUUUUGCAUCUGUAAUGGCGACACUAGGAUUACAAAUAUUGUUCGAGUCAGCUAAAGAACUCAUAACUAAGUCUCGCCCUGAGAUGGACCAUGAGAAGGAAAAAUGGACGAUUGGUAUUAUGGUCUCUGUCACUAUGGUCAAGUUUCUGCUUAUGGUCUACUGUCGAAGGUUCAAAAACGAAAUCGUAAGAGCCUAUGCUCAAGAUCAUUUCUUUGAUGUCAUCACCAACUCAGUUGGAUUAGUGACUGCUGUCUUAGCAGUCCGAUUCUACUGGUGGAUUGAUCCUACGGGAGCUAUAAUUAUAGCUAUGUACACAAUUAGCACGUGGGCGAAGACAGUGGCAGAAAAUGUCUGGUCACUCAUUGGAAGAACAGCUCCACCAGAUUUUCUUACGAAAUUAACCUAUCUUAUAUGGAAUCAUCACGAAGAGAUCAAGCACAUUGAUACUGUUCGAGCAUAUACUUUUGGUGCUCAUUAUUUUGUAGAGGUUGAUAUAGUGUUGCCAGAGGACAUGCUGUUGAACAAGGCACAUAAUAUUGGUGAGACACUGCAAGAAAAAUUGGAGCAACUCCCUGAAGUUGAGCGAGCUUUUGUUCAUAUAGACUUCGAGUUCACUCACAGGCCAGAACACAAAACUAUGGUAUAAUGACACCAGAAUUUAAACUCUAUGUGUUCAACCUUAAAGAUUUUUAGCGUUGAAUCAAUCAUAUUUUUAAAGUUAUGGGUUCAUUUCUACUAUUUGUUGCAAUUUUAAUAAUUUUUACGCAUAAAUUUGUAUUUCGCGUCGAAAGUACUAGGUUCACAUGAAUCCGGUAUCAAAGGGCUAGAUCCGCCCCCUGACUACACAUCAUUUACGGUGUUUCUUUUUGUAACUCAAAAUAAUUUUAAUGGUGCUUCUUAGAGUUGAA